AUGUCGUCACUUAAGUUGGAUGGAUUCGUGAAGCCGUAUCGUGGCCGAGUGGACGACUUUGACAUGUUUUGGUCGAAGUUUGAAGUACUGGCAGAUAUAUCGGGGUGGACAAGCACGGAGCAACAGAUGAAACGGUUGCCGCUGUUCUUGGAGGGCGAAGCCCACCGUGUGUUCUCAAAACUGAGUGAGACGGAGAAGCGAGAUAAGGAUGCAGUGAGGAGCAUCCUGCGGAAGUCCUUCUGCGUGAGCCGCAGUGAGGCGUACCGCUUGUUUAAGCAGCGGCAGCUGAAAGUGGAUGAAAGUCCAGAGGUAUAUGUUGCCGAGCUGUGCCGUCUGUUAGAGCUGUCUGGACAUAAGAGUGACAGCGAUACCGAUCCUGUGGUGAUCGAGCAGCUGUUGGCCGGAUUGCCAAUUGAGUUUGCCAAGGAUGUCCGUUUGUCCAUGGCAGGCAGGGACCUGAAGGUGUCUGAAUGCCUUGAUAGGAUCCGGGCACUGCGAUCAGCAACCGGCACCAGAGUUGGUGCAGUGUCCGCAGCUGCCACAUAUGUGCAAGACAGUGUUGCCACGCCAUCACCGCGGCUUUGCCACCAUUGUGGAGAACCGGGCCAUUUCAAAAGGCAUUGCCCGAAGUUAUCCCGAGCAGGGAAUGGUCACGCGGCCAAGCAAGAGCACCGGCGCAAGGACCCGUUCUGCCACUUCUGUGACAAGAAAGGGCACGUCAAGAAGGACUGCUUGCUGAGGAAGAAGUGGCUGGAUACACAGGCUAGCUCAGAAGUUGCUGGGGCCUCGGUGCACUCCAAGGACGUGUGCCUCCUGGCAUCUGCAUCGCCAUCGUGCCCGAAGCUACCUCGUGUGUUUGUUGAAUGUGCUGGUCCUGACGCGAGUAACAGUGUGCGUGCUGCAGCUGUGAUAGACACUGGAUCCACUCGCACAUUAGUGACAGAAGCCCUGCUGCAUCGCCUCGGUCUUGAUGUGACGCCAUUGACCAAUAAUGACGGCAUCGUAGCACUGGAUGGCAACACCAUGCAGACGUGUGGCACAGUGGCCCUCAAGUUUUGGAGACACGACGGACCGGUGAGCAUUCAUGAAGUGGUAUUGAAUGCUGUCGUUGUGCCUGAUUUAUGUGUAGUGGCCGCCGAUGUACUGAUUGGCAUUGACCUGGUGACCUUGUGUGGGCGCCUGUCUGUAGAGUAUGCUAAUGAUCAGCUUGUGCGUGUCGUAAUUGGGCCCGGUCCAGCCCAUGCAGAUAGUUGCCCGUCGGUGUCAGUAGCAUCAGCAGCUGUGCCGCCUCCUGGCCACCCUACACGUGUACAAGUGUAUGAGGAUCAGCUGACCGACAGUAUGACCCCUAGUGCUGACAAAGAAGUUCUCCAGCCAGUCGCCGAUGACUCGCCAAUGUCUGCAGCUCCAACGCGCCCGCCAUCGAAGCUGUCGCAUCAUGUCCAUGUAGAGACUCACGGCAACGAUGUCAUCCUGAAGGUUGAUGACGGCGAGAUGCGUUGGAUGUCGGCUGAGAAGCGUUGGGAGGUCAAGUGGGUAUGGAAGUCUGGUGAAGAACCCAAUGGCCGUGUUGGUCCUGGUAUCAGCGAGUACCCUCGGAAGAAAAUUACCGCGGCAGAGGAGACGCAAUUCUGCUCUGCUGUAGAUGAGUGGAUUGAGCGAGGCUGGCUGGUGAAGCACGACGCUGAGACCCAUGGUCGCCCUGCCUGUGUCUUGCCAUUGAUGGCUGUGAGUCAGCCGCACAAGACGUCUACACCUGUGCGUCCGGUGUUAGAUUAUCGCCACCUGAAUAAGCUGUUGGUGUCCCACCCUGGCACUAAGUCGCCUGUGUGCGCCGAGACGUUGCGCCAGUGGAGGUUCAAGGGUGAAGCUGAUGAAUUUGAGUUAGUGGACAUUACCAAGGCGUACUUGCAAAUCCAUGUCAGCCCGGAAUUGCUACGGUUCCAAGUUGUCGAGUGGCGUGGUGUUCGCUACGUGAUGACGCGCAUGGCGUUUGGCCUGAGUGUGGCGCCGAAGUUCAUGGACACCAUCAUCAAGUACGCUACCGGCAGCUUGCCCGAUACAGAUAACUAUGUCGACGACAUCAUUGUCCCCAAGAGUCAACGGACUGUGUUGACAGAACAGCUCGCUAGCUACAGCCUGCCAACUAAGCCUGCUUUGGAGAUGUCGGCUGCACGGGUUCUAGGACUGCAGCUCAACGAGUCUGAUGAUGGUCGAGUGCGCUGGUCCCGGCGUGAUGAGUCGCAUGUCGCAUUUGCUGAUGUCACGACGAAACGUGAGCUCUACAAGUGGUGUGGCCAGUUGACGAGCCACUACCCUGUUGCGUCAUGGCUUCGUCCUCAUUGUAGUUGGCUGAAGCGUUUGGCAUGUCUGGAGAAGCUUGGCUGGGACGACCCGUUGCCUGCAGAUCUCGUUCAGCGCUGCAUGAGUCUCGCCAGCCGUUUAAGCCAGCACGAUCCUGCUACCGGUGUGUGGCACGUAGACCCCAACGGUGAAAGCCAAUGCCAGGUGUGGUGCGAUGCGUCUGAUAUUGCUGUCGGCGUGGCGUUGGAGGUCGGUGGUGACAUUGUCGAGGAUGGUUCGUGGCUUCGUAAGCCUGACGACAAGCGGCAUAUUAAUAUUGCUGAAUUGGAAGCCGCUGUCGAAGGCAUUUCCCUUGCCGCUAAGUGGGGAGUUUCCCGUUUCAAGCUGUUGACUGACUCUAAGACAGUGGCAGCAUGGCUGACGCAAGUAGUAACCAACUCCAAACGUGUGAAGACUGGUGGUCUGCAAGAGCUGCUUGUGCGUCGUCGCCUCCAGAUCAUCGAUGAUCUCAUCGCUACGCUAGGUCUGACGAUCGAGGUCGUGUGGAUUCCGACGAACGAGAACCGUGCUGAUCAGCUGACGCGUGUCCCGACUGACUGGAUCAAGUAUGCAAAGGCUCUUGCACCGACUGAUGUUGUGGCCGCCUGCCUGUCUGUGGUUGGCCCUGUCACGUUUGCUCAGAUACGUGAAGGCCAGAAGGUGGAUCCCACCAUUCGAGCUGCUGUUGCUCAAUUGGAGUGUGGUGAGUUGGUCUCCAUUCCUGAGUUCAUAAAGGUGCGUGAUCAAUUGCUUGUUGAUGAUGGUAUGUUAGUGCGUAGUAUCAAGUUGCCUAUUGAUGGUUUGGUGUCUGUACCAGUUAUUCCUACGUCUUUGCAACAUGCUGUCGUCUCUUCUGUUCAUGUGAAUUCUGGCCAUGGUAAUUGGCGAAUGAUGUAUGAUCUGCUUCGUUCUAAGUGCUAUUUCCCUUGUAUGUCGUCGUUGUGCCUUGAGUUUGUCCGGCAUUGUCAAGCUUGUGUUUCCGCCAGUAGUAAGAGUGGUCCGACGGCUGAUCCCGCUCGCCCAGAUUUGCCCGGUAAGCCUUGGCAGGAGAUUGUUAUUGAUACUCUUGAACUUGGUUCUGACCGCAGUGGGCGUUUUCAUUGUGUUCUUGUGAUUGUUGAUGUGUUUACUAAAUGGGUCGAGGUUGUUCCCCUACGUGCGCAUGAUGGUCAGUCAGUUGCUGAAGCUGUGACCGAUGUUUGUUUGAAGUGGGGCUCCCCAGAAGUUGUUCGUAUGGACAAUGGUACUGAAUUUGUGAAUGGCAUUGUCGAGUCAUUGUUUCGUGUGUUUGGCACGAAGGUGCGUACUGGUGCAGUUCGGCAUCCCCAGUCUCAGGGUUCUGCUGAGCGAUUUAAUCGCACUUUGUUGACCCUCAUUCGCAAGAUGCUCGACUCCUCGAGUGAUUGGAAGUCUGAGUUGCCUGUGCUGUUGCACUACUACCGUACGCGACUCCAUGCCGCGAUUGGUGUGUCCCCAAUGGAAGCUAUGUGUGGAUGGCUUCCACGUCAGUUAACUGUUGACGAGUCUGCUGUUGGUUCUAGCCUUAGUGAUUGGGUGGACAGCCUUGCUGGUCGGUCCGCUCGUAUUCGUGACUUUGUCGAAGCUGAGUUGUCGUCUCAUGAUUUUGUUGAGGGCAGCGCUUCCAAUCCAUAUGCUGUCGGUGAUGCUGUGUUGCUCCGUCACCCUGCUCGUUCGCAGAAGCGCUUGCCACCGUUCGAAGCUGGGUGGAAGGUCACCGAGAUCCUUGGUCCUGGUUCCGUGCGUGUGUGUCGUUCUGUGGAUGGCUUUGAUCAACAAAAGACUGUUAACAUUCAGUUGAUUAAACCUGCUGCUGAAUCUGUGUUGUCGUGUGAGUCUGGAUCUGCGCCUGCGUCGCCCGUGCAGUGUGAUCUCGAUGUUGAGCCGUUGGCUGUCGCCGAUCGUAGUCUGCGUAACCGUCGUCAUAUCCAACGCCCGAGUCGUUACAUCGAUUGA